GACAUCAUGGCGGUCGUGGUAACAGAUUUCCUCCAAAUUUGUUGAUAUAACUCACAAUUCUGCCGAACGGCUGUAUAAAAUCGGACUAAGCUGCUGAUCAAGGGAAAGAACAAUAUACAUAGCCUGCAUAAAACAUAAGUUGACCAUCAUCAUGCCUGUCUACAUCAGAGAAAACAUGCAUAUUCCUCCACCAUCCAUGAUGUCCAGUUAUCUGGAUGAUGAGAGUGACUUCAUCACUGACCCAGAACAGAUGAGGGACCAGCUUCCGCAGCCGUACAGAAUGAUAAAUAAAAUAGUUGCUUACAUCUUUGAUGAGAGUUGGGAAGUUGCACAGUGUAGAGAGGAGCGGAGGAUCCUUGAAGAGUCACGUGUACGGCCACCACAAUAUGACUGUGGGACACCCAUGGAGCUCUUUGGCAAAUGUGGAUGUUUGGCUGACAGUAAAGACGGAAAGUUUGUGUUUAUUGGGUUACAAGACGGACUGGCAGUUGUUGAUGCCACCAAUCAACAAACUAUCACAAUAUGGGAGGAAGAGAAGACGGAGAUAGUGACCAUCAAGACAAGCAUAAUGGCUGGAGGACAGAACUAUGUGCUGAGUACAUUGGAUGACAUGGGCACUGCAAGAGUGUUUGCCUUUACUGGAGAGAAAGUUUAUCUGCUGAAGGUUAUGAAUGAGCCCCAAGAGGGUGGAUCCAAGGUGUUGGCUACAAAAUGUGAAUCCUCGAAUGAAGGUGACUACAUUGGUGUUGCUUUGGAAAAUCCAACAACACUUGAAAGAUGGCUAGAAAUAUAUCGAAAACCAGAAAACUGGGUAAAAGAACUGGAAUCGGUGAAGAGCCAAGCAUCAAAAACUAUUCAGACAACUGUCAAUGUCAAGGCACCAACUCCACACACUGAUGAUGGCAGAGAUGCUCCAAUAGAAAUUAGUCAUCCCUCCGAGAGUAUAGGAGGUAGCACUGUAGCAGACGAACCACCAUUGAGUGGCCAGGAAAGUCAGCGAAAAGCACCUCUUAGGAAACUGAAAAGUAGGAAAUCAAGCCAAAGUGAUCUUGGUUCUGGAAGCCGAUUGAAUUCCCCUGUACAAGGAGGAGCUGACAAGCAACAGGCUUACAAAUUCAGUCCUCCAUCUCUGGUACUAAAAGUGAAAGCUUCUCAACCAAUAGCUUAUUCAACUGCUAACAGCCCAUUCCAAGCCCUGAGCAAGAUUGACCAAACUGGAGACGUGAUUGGGACAGGCCUCUCCCAUAUUCUCACUGCUUCUCACCUUGAACUGAGAAAGACUGUGUUUGAACAUCUUCAUGAACAACAUAUCAAAUAUUUACCUCAAGAAGAAGAAGAGAAAGUCAUCCAACCAUCGUUCCAUUUCUUACAUCCUGGCCGUAUGCUGCCUGUAGGUCUGGAACAGAGCAGUCAAGCUGGUUUACCCACCUCAGUGGCAGUAUGGUGGACUGGCGGCACACAGCUGAUGCAUUACUCAUUACUCAAGUCUGCAAAAGAUGUGGAACAUAAACCUGAUCUAGUGUGGCCAUUUUCCUGUGCGAUUACGUCAACUACAGCAACACCUGAUACGUCCAUUGUGGCAAUUGGUCUGGAGAAUGGAACUGUCAUCAUCAUGGAUAUAAGAAUGGGUAUCCAGAGAAGAGCAGUUAGUGUAACAGACAAAGCUAAGAUCAGCCAGCUGACCUUCCUCAACCCAAACAUCAGCUAUCAAGAGAUCAAGACCUACCCGCCAUACCCAGUUCAGACGUCAUCUUAUGUGAUGGUCACCUGCGACAAUGGGUUCACUACACUUGUCAAUACGAAUCUCAGUGACGAGUCAACACCUAUCUCUGUGCUAGAAAAGGCUGAGGAACAAAGUGACUUGCCAUCCCACAUUGAACCAAUAGAAAGUUUGCCUGAACUUAUUCUUACCGUCUAUGAAGAUGGAACAAUCUUCCUUCAAGACGUUUUAAAGAAGAUGAGGUUGUGUGAAGUGGUAUUGCCAGACGACUAUGAACUCACUGCUCCUUGGGAGCCCAUCACUGCAUUAGGAGCCUCAGGAAAAAUGCUGUUUCUCAAAGGAACUCAAAAGGAAGCAUGUGAAGAGGCUGAGGAGAAAGAGUCUGCCAUAUUUGUAUUCCCGAUCAGAUCAUUCCCAGUGUUAGAUAGUUACUGGAGGAUGGACAGAGAAGUGCUUCCGUAUUCAGUCCAUACCAAAAUAGAUGACAGACUUGAGUCUUUACUCAGAGAAAGAAUCACAGUACAGCCAUUCAGACAAGCAAGAAUGCAGAAAAGAUGGGAACAGUUGAGAGAUGAGUUAGAAAUGCUUCAGAAUAUCAGAGAACAGAAAAAGGCGCAGUCGAAGUUUGUCUAUCUUGAACAGUAAAGGCCGAGUCAACUGUUGAUGGAUCUGAGGACGGUGAUCGAACAGUCCGCUUUGCUUAACCUAACUGUGCAAAGGAUCAUAGCACAUCCAGGUUGUUGGCAGGAGCCUUUACCAGAAGAGCAAAGACGGAGACAGAGAGGUUUAGGCUUCCUACAUACAAAGAUACCGUGAUAACUAUUGGAUUAUUCAUGGAUUUGCAUAGACGAGGAUUGCCUUGAUAGAUAUGAAGUUCGAACAUUAUAUCUGUUGAUGAUUGUGGUACCGGUAUGCUACCAUACACGGUAGCUAUGUAUCUGACAAUAUCCUGAACAGAAAUGAUACGCUAGAAGAUGUGCUUUGAGAUGUACUAUUCCGUCCUACCAUACUUUUUUUGCUCAAAAAGAACUAUUCCUUCCACGAGUCUGUACGUUUUGAAGUACUGUAUUGUUAUGUACUGUCCAUAAUGCAAUAUGUUGAAUCCGUCCAUGGGGAAAUACUUGUUAUUUAAAACUUUCUUUAACUUUCUGUGAAUAUGAAUGUUCCAACUUAAUGUAAAUAAAUGAAUAUGAUUCCGAAUGUGAUAUGAAAUAAUACAUUACAU